AUGCUGCUGCCGCUGCUGUUGGUCCUGUCGCUCGGCCAGGCCAGGGGCGAUGCGUCGCCCGCCCCAGCCGCGGGUGACGCCGCUGUGGACCAGGUGCUCACGCGGCCGGCCACACUGUACGAGUCCUCCGCGCGGGUCGCUGCCGAUCCGUCCCACCAGAGCUUGGCUCAAGGCCUGGACCAGAUCAAGCAGACACUAGCAUCCGUUGUCUCCCGGCUGGACUCUCUGCAAGAGGCACAGAGCUCUGUCUCUGCAAGGUUUGACUCCCUGCAAGAGGUCCAGAGGUCUGUCUCCGCAAAGCUGGACUCAGUGCAAGAGGAUCAGGGAUCUGUCUCCGCGAAGUUGGACUCAAUGCAAGAGGUCCAGGGUCUUGUCUCCGCAAGGUUGGACUCAAUGCAAGAGGUCCAGGGUCUUGUAUCCGCAAGGUUGGACUUAAUGCAGGAGGUCCAAGGUCUUGUAUCCGCAAAGUUGGACUCAAUGCAAGAGGUACCAGACUCUAUCUCCGCAUGGCUGAGCUCAGUACAAGAGACCCAGAGCUCAAUUUCAUCCCACCUCGACUCUGUGUCAUCUCGGCUAGACUCUAUGCAGGAGGCGGAGAACACGCUCUCAAUACUUCUGCUCAAAUCUGCGCAGAACUCCCAGAGCUUAGUCUCCCACCGGCUGGACGACGUCGAGAAGUCUGUAGCAGCAAUCUCCUCCAUACCGGAGGCUCUGUCGGACCGCUUGCAGGACAUCCAGACUGCUGUCAACCGCACCCCAUGGAGAGCGCUCGGCGACCCUUGCAUAAACGACACCGACUGCUCUGAUGUACUACCCGACUCGGUCUGCGGCAGCGACGGCACGUGCACGUGCGCUGAAGGCCUCAGACAAUACUCACGUGCGCAGUGCGCACAGAUGCCUCGUCUGGGGGAAGCCUGCACGACGAGUGAGAGCUGUCAGAUUGAAACGACGCUCUCUGUGUGCACCCAUGGCUUUUGCAGCUGCAGGCCAGGGUCCUGGAACCGAGACAACGUGGAGUGUCGCCAAGCUGUGGACAUCGGUGAAGCAUGCGCCUUCGAACAGGACUGCUCUCUGCACCGCUCCAACAUCACCUGCAGCUCGGGCACGUGCACGGAACGCGUCUGUCCUGCUGUUGCGAUUAAAGGCUGUAAGUGGAAAAGUUCGCAGUGA